AUGUCCUUUCGUGAGUUGCGGUCCUUUUCGGAGACGAUGCGUCUCCUCGGCUACCCACGGCUGAUAAGCAUGGAGUCGUUCCGCGAGCCGAAUGUGGAGCUGGUCGCCGAUUGCCUUCACUGGCUUAUCAUCCGCUAUGAGCCGUCUGCGGAGGUGACAUUCAAUAUCGAGCGAGAGCACAACCGCGUGACGUUCUUCAAACAGGUGUGUGAGGUUACCCUCGCCAAGGGGCGAAUCAAACUAAACGUGAAGAAGCUCUACCAAGCGGACGGGCACGCCGUGCAGGAGAUGCUGAAGCUUGCGAAUGUGCUGAAGAAGGCGAUGAAGGCAACCGAUGCCGAGGAGCCCGACUUCACCGCACUGCACCAGAUGGCUGCGCAGAAAAAUGUGAGUGAUGCCAAGGCUGUGCAACAGCUGUGCAGCGAACUGACGACAGACGGCAGCAGCCUCUUCUUCUUAGUAGAGGCAGAACUGAACUCGCGCGGUGACCGCCAGCGCAUCUUAUCUCGUGCCACCGAGGUUGGCGAGUUUGAGCGCCGUCUGCGGGAGCUGCUCACCAACGUCGCCCAGGAGGUGGAUCAGUACCAGCAAAGUAUCGUCAAUCUCAGCGCAGACGAGACCAACCUGGAGCAGAAGAUUGAGAACAAGAAGGCGCAUCUAGAGCGUGCCCAGAAGCAGUACAAAAGUGCCAUGGCCACUAACCCCGCCUUCCUCAAGGAGUAUGAGAACCACGAGAAGAAGCUCCAGGCACAGUUUGUUAACUAUCUCGAACAGUAUCGCAACUUGGAGUUUCUGGAGCAUCAGAUUGCUAAGUACAACGCCAAAGAGGAUGUCAUGCUUGAGGAGCAGGAGACUAAGCUGAAGGUGAUGCGGGAGCGACUGCGCAAGGAGGAGCUGAAGAACAUCCGCGCGGACAACGUGGCGAGCCGUCCGAGUGGGCGCCGUGGCAGCGGCAGCGGGAGCCUGACACCGGCGAUAAGCGAUACCGAAGACGACGGGUAUGACUACACUCCGCGCAUGAAUGGCGGAGUGCGUAUCCGCAAUGCCGCUGAGGAGGAUAGCAGUGGGGAGGAGUCCACCUCCUCGGGUGAUGACGAGAGCGAAAGCGACGACAGCAGGCCGCGUCAGCAGCGGCGACCACAGAAUACCGUUGGCCAUAGUCGCGGGUCGCUCGGUCACGGUGGCACCGUAAACACCGACAAUGACAACCACGAAGAGGAAGACGAGUCGCUUGUGAACCAGAUGCGCCGGCCACGAGUAGCGACAGGGACGCGGCCGCCUGCCGCGGGAGGAGAGCGCCCACGGUAUCUCGCCAACAACCCUGUCGACACUGACUCCUCUUCCGAGACGGACAGCAGUGAGCUGUCCACCCCGACGAGUAGCGGCGAGUUUAGCAGCGACGACUCCAGCGACUACAGCGGUUCUGACGAAAGCGACAUUUAG